GAGGCUGAGAGGAGAGGGAGAGCAGCCCAAGAUCCAAAAUAAAGUGAGUGACUUGCUUCGUUCGUUCGUUCGUUCGUUCGUUCGGCCUGGUGUUGUGGUGUUGUGAACCUCCUGCGGGACCCUUGGAGGGCCCCUUCCGGCCCAGCUGCUUAAGGCCCCGCUCGAUUCGUCACAAUGCCUUUGUUGCCGAGCUGGUGAUUUUGGACUUUCUUGGAUUGCAAAAAAAGAGCCACCAUGUUCGCAAAAAGCAGCAUCUCCCUUCUCCUCGUGUUCCUAUUUUUAGAUUUCGGACUGGCUCAGUACGGCGCCCGAGAGCGCGUCAGACCAAUCGUGCAGUACCAAAAGAGUCGGUACCGUCCGCGGCCCACCUCGACGGCGCCCGAUUUUUCCAGCGCCCCUCCACAGGCCUUUUCGCGCCGUCCUUUUAGCCAGGAAGAACAACAGCCUCCGGAAGACCUGAACGAGCACCCUCUGAGUCGCACCACGGCCAACUUCCAUCAGUGGCCGGCCAGAGGUCGAGGCGUCACGAGGCCUCACCCUUGCGAGCAGAGUUCCUGCUACCCUGCCACUGGCAACCUCCUGAUCGGUAGAGAAUCCAGACUCACUUCCUCCUCCACGUGCGGCUUGCGUGGACAGGAGCGGUUUUGCAUAGUGUCGCAUCUGGAUACCCCGAAAAAGUGUUUCUGGUGCGACUCGUCACAAGCUAACAACCCCAGCUUGAGCCACAGAAUCGACAAUAUCGUGUACAGAUAUGCCCCAGGACAGUCGAGUUCACACCAGCACCGCACGUGGUGGCAGUCUGAGAAUGGCGUGGAGAACGUCACCAUUCGGCUCGAUCUGGAAGCCGAAUUCCAUUUCACCCAUUUGAUCAUCACCUUCAAGACUUUCAGGCCGGCAGCCAUGCUCAUUGAAAGGUCUUACGACUUUGGAAAGACCUGGCAGGUGUACAGGUACUUCGCGUACAACUGCGCGGAAUCUUUCCCAGGGGUGCCGAGGCAGCCUCCAAGGACGAAGACCGAUAUCAUUUGCGAGUCACGCUAUUCCAGCGUUGCGCCGUCGACUGAAGGAGAAGUCAUCUUCAGGGUGCUACCACCUAACAUUCCCAUUGAAGACCCGUACUCUCAGGAAGUCCAGAAUCUGCUUAAAAUGACGAAUUUGCGCAUCAACUUCACAAAGUUGCACACGCUUGGCGACGAUUUGCUGGACAACAGACAGGAAAUUCAGGAAAAGUACUACUAUGCCAUCUACGACAUGGUGGUGCGCGGCUCUUGCUCUUGCUACGGACACGCGUCACGGUGCCUUCCCCUGCCCAAUGUGCUUCCCAGACCUGACAUGGUGCACGGAAGGUGCGAGUGCACGCACAACACCAAGGGACUCAACUGCGAGCAGUGCAAAGACUUCUUCAACGACCUGCCGUGGAAGCCAGCCGUUGGAAAACAAUCGAACGCUUGCAAAAUGUGCAACUGCAACAACCACACGAAUUCGUGCCAUUUUGACGCGGCCGUGUACGAGGCGAGCGGCCGAGUGAGCGGCGGCGUCUGCGACGGCUGCCAGCACAACACUCAGGGCUACCAUUGCGAAGAGUGCAAGCCUUUCUACUACCAGCUGCCCGACAGACCAAUGACAGACCCUUAUGUCUGCCAGCCUUGCGAUUGCGACAUGCGAGGCUCUUUGGACGAGGGCAUCUGCGACUCGAAAACCGAUCCUACUGUGGACCUCGAGUCUGGCCGCUGCCAUUGUAAGAAAAACGUCGAAGGACGCCGCUGCGACAGGUGCAUGGCUGGAUUCUGGAAUUUCACCGAGGAGAACCCGCAAGGCUGCCAGGAGUGUAUGUGCAACUCUUUGGGGACAAUCAACAACCAGGGUUGCAACUUCUACACUGGAGAGUGCACGUGCAAACGUUACGUCACGGGGCGCGACUGCAACCAAUGUCUGCCGCAGUUCUACGGUUUGUCUGAAGAACUGGACGGUUGCAAACCGUGCGACUGCGACCUUGGCGGCAGCUUCGACAACGACUGCGAUGUCAUCACAGGCCAGUGCAGGUGCCGACCUCACGUGACAGGCCGGAAUUGCAACGUCCCUGAGCAGAGCUUUUUCUCUGGAUACCUCGAUUACAACGUGUAUGAAGCGGAAUACUCCAAAGGAUCAGAGCGGUGCCCUCAUGGACACUCGUGGUCUGGCACAAAAUGCCAAGUUGUGAUCAGAGAGCCGUACAGGGACGGAAGGGAUCAGACCUGGACUGGAAUCGGCUUCAUGAAGGUGUUCGAAAACUCCGAAAUCGAGUUUGACGUUGGCGACAUUAAAACGGGCAUGAACUACGACAUCGUCAUCCGAUACGAACCACAGAUGGGUGGCGGCUGGAGCGACGUCAAAGUGAUCGUGAAGCGUCCUGAUCCGGUCGAUCCUGACGGUCCCUGCGCCAACGUUCAGGCCGCAGACGACGUGAAGUCGACUUCUCUGCCGAGUGGAGGCCGAAGCGUGGCAGUUUACCCGCCAGUUUGCCUUGAAGCAAACAAGGAGUACCGAGUGGUCAUCCAGUUUAAAAGACACGACCCUCACAUCGAAUCCCCGACAGCCACCAUCCUUAUUGACUCGAUCGCUCUGGUGCCUCGCCCUGAAGAAUUGCCUUUCUUCACCGGAAGCCAGAUCGCUGAGAUCAAGAAGCAAGAGUACGAUCGCUACCAGUGCCACCUGCUGUUCCAAAACGUUAUCAAAUCGAACGUCCCUGACGUUUGCAAGGACUACUAUUACAGCAUUGGAUACUACGUGCAUGACGGAGCUUACGAAUGUCAGUGUGACCCAACGGGAUCAACAAGCUCCUUGUGCGACAGUCUGGGCGGCCAGUGCAACUGCAAGCCUAAUGUGGUAGGCAGGAAGUGCAACCGAUGCGCACCGGGAACCUUUGGAUUCGGUCCUGAAGGGUGCAAAGCGUGUGACUGUAACUCGAUUGGCUCGCAAGACAACUUCUGCGAGGUUCAGAGCGGACAGUGCAAGUGCCGUCCGAACACGUACGGCCGCGAGUGCGACCAGUGCCAGGCGGGCUUCUGGGGCUUCCCGAACUGCCAGCGGUGCGAGUGCCACGGCCACGCGGACGUGUGCGACUCCCGCACGGGCGCCUGCACCUCCUGCAGGGACUCGACGACGGGUCACCACUGCGACCGCUGCAUCGAGGGCUACUACGGCGACCCUCGCAUCGGCUACGACAUCCAGUGCCGACCCUGUCCCUGUCCCGGCACCGCCGACUCAGGGCACUCGUACGCGUCGGUGUGUGCGCUCGACCAGCUCACGCAGGACGUCGUUUGCGAAUGCGAGCACGGAUACGCAGGUCCCAGGUGCGACGUGUGUGCCGACAACUACUUCGGAAACCCUGACGAGCCUGGCGGCACGUGUCAACAGUGCGAGUGCAACAACAACAUCGACAUUUCUAUUCCUGGCAACUGCGAUGGCAGGAGUGGCGAGUGUCUGCAGUGUUUGUUCAACAGCGAGGGCUUCAACUGCGAGGUCUGCAAAGCCAACUUCUACGGCGACGCAGUCAACCAACUCUGCUCAGAAUGCGUCUGCAACAUUUUGGGCACAAACAAGACCAUCGGCGAGUGCGACCGGACAUCAGGACAGUGUCCUUGCUUGCCCAACGUCAUCGGAAUUAGUUGCGACCAGUGCGCAGAAAACCACUGGAAAAUCGCCAGCGGAGAGGGAUGCGAGGCGUGCGCCUGUGACCCUGUCGGAUCGACCUCCGAGCAGUGCAACCAGUACGACGGGCAGUGCACGUGCAGAGAAGGCUUUGGUGGCAGACGGUGCAACGAGUGCCAGGCCAACUUCUGGGGCAACCCCACAAUCCAGUGCAUGCCGUGCAACUGCAACAUCUACGGUUCUGAGACGAUGCAGUGCCACAGGAAUAACGGCAGCUGCGUGUGUCUCGAAGGCAUCGGUGGCGAAAAAUGCGACCAGUGCGCGCGCGGCUACAUAGGAACCGCACCUCGCUGCGAACCCUGUGGCGAGUGCUUCAACAACUGGGACAGAAUCCUCGACGGGCUGAAAGAGAAAACCAAAAGCGCCAUCGAGAGUGCUUCCGAGAUCAAGCAGACCGGCGCCACGGGAGCGUACACUCGCGAGUUCGAAAACAUGGAAAAGGAAAUUGGCGAGGUGAAGCAGCUCCUUGAGAGCACUGAAGUUAGCUCCCACGACCUUGAAGGCUUGCAAAAGAUGAUUGAGGAUCUGCGCGAAGAUUUCACCGAGGCCACCGGCAAUCUGGAGGGCGUGGAAGGUUACCUGCAAAAUCAGACUCAGCGCAUUUACGAUGCAAACAUCACGCUGGAAAAUCUGCGCAAUGAGGCUGCAGCCCUCAAGCAGAAUGCCAACAGCUUGAAAGAAAACGCCACCAGACUACAAGAAGCCAAUGUUGAAGGCGCCCUGAACUUGACGCGUGAGGCGUAUAAACGGUCUCAAGAUGCUCAAGAGCAAGUGGAGCAGGUGAAAACGAUCACCGACGAUGCCGUGCGCAAUACCAAGAGAACAGAAAUGCUCGUGGAAAGAUCAUCGGCUCUGGUUGCCGAGAUCAAAAUUGAGAAUGAAAAGUCGCUCAACAGCCUGACCGACCAACUCAGCAUCUUGACCGACGAAAUUCCAGAACUGAACCUUCAUGUUUGUGGCAGACGUGAUGAUUCUUGCGACAAUCUUUGUGGUGGCGCGGGUUGCAACCAGUGCGGUGGUCUUUCGUGCGAAGAAGGAGCCGUCACUAAGGCUGUCCAGUCGAUUGACAUCGCCAGGGACAACGAGCAGAUAAUUAAAGACAAAGAGUCUAAAGCCGAAGAAUUAUUUAGAGGGGUAACUCAAGCUGGAAUUGAAUCUGCAAACGCUAGAGAUUUGGCUCGCGAGGCGCAGACGGCGGCUCUGCUUGCUAAAAACCGCUCUGAGAGCAGCGUGCAAGACAAUAAUGACCUUCUCACCGACGUGUAUGAGUUUUUGAACAAGCCAAGGUCAAGGCCUGAGGACGUCAAGACAUUGGCCGCUGAAGUGCUGGAGAAAAAAAUUCAUCUAGAGCCCGCGCAGAUCACGGAACUGGCGCAAAUGAUCAACAACACAAUCUCCAGCCUGACCAACAUCGACGACAUCCUCGCCGCCACCAGUGGAGACCUCAACACCGCCAACAGCUUAAAGCACGACGCUGACGAGGCCAAGGCUGAGGCAGAGGGGAUGUUGAAGCGCGCCGAGGAAGUGCUCAACGAGCUUUUAAACGCCACUGCGACUCAGAAGCAGGCCGAGGACGCAAUUGAAAAAGCUAAUGACGUCAUCUCUAAUGCUGAAAAUGAUUUGACUCAGAUCGCGAGUGACGUGACUGAAGCGCAGCAAAAGUCAAACGAAACGCUGACCGAGGUGGACAACCUGCAGGACAAGAUAAACGCCUUGCAGAAGCGCUUCCUGAAGAACGACAGGGACGCGCGCGAGGUGAGCGCCGAGGCAGAGUCGGUGCUGACCGAGGCGCAGCGGGCGCAGGAACGCGCUGGCCAGCUGCAAAACGCGUACAAGGACGCUGAGGAGUCGCUGAAGAAGAAAUCCGCAGCUGCCAGGGAGUCGCAGGAAAAGGUGGCGACCCUGUUGAAGAAGGCUUCGGAACUUUCCCUCAAUACCCUGGGCAAACUCAAAGAGCUAAAAGGAAUGGAAGUGAAUAACCAGAACAACGACGGUUUGCUCGCAAGCCUUUCAUCCGAAAUCGACGAGCUGAACGAAAAAAUGAAGAUCAGCCUGACCGAAAUCAACCAGAAAUCUGACUACUAUCGGAAUUGUGUGUCGUAGAGAAGCAUCAAAAUAAUUACGAACUGUUAAUUAAGACGAGUCGGGACCACUGAAGCAGUGAAGAUCUAUAAAUAGAAAAGAAACAAAGCUGCAUAAUACUAUUCUAAGUAGGGUUUAGCGCAGUUAAAAUUCUUCCUAUAGAUAGUGCAAUAUUCUCUUUGUAAGUUUUAACACUACAGAUAAUUGGAUUUCGAUGCCUAAAUUGCUCUCUAUUCUUUAAGCAAGUGUAGAUAGGUCAGUGCCAUAAUUUGUAAGGAAAUUUUAUUUGAUGCCUGUUGUGUAGCUAGAAGAAUCAAAGCUCUGUGUCAGCUGUCAAACUGCAUAAUUAAUCGUUAAUCGUGUAUUUAUCGAUUCGCCAGAGAUGUGUUCCAGCAGUCUAUAUAAUAUAUAAAUAAUAUAUAUGUUAUUCAUCACACAUUGCCUUAAAAACUGUCCUCUGUAAUCACAAAAUAUAGGGAAUACAAUUUGCAUGUUCCUGCUAGUCUGUCCAGCCUUCUUGCAUUUGUGGAAAGGAGCAAUCUCCUUUCAGUUUUAGUUCUUGAAACAGGAAACCAGUGUCAUUUUUCAGUGCAAUCAAUAAAUCAAUUUUUAUAAAUCUA